GGGACGAUUGGAGACAACAGAUCGACGGUCACUCCACUUAUUUGAGAAUGAACUACAAGCCAGAAUUGAUCAGAUCUUGAACCAACUGGAGCGACUGGAGUUUCUAGCGUGCAAAGAACCACCAAAUCGGCGCCAAAAUGCCAAACUGUGAGUGCAUCAUCAAACAUGUCCAUGACAACUAGUUCUUCCAUCAUCCUUGACCCUGACCUUUCCCGCCUGUGAAGAAGUACGCCAGAAAGCUGACCCACACAGAAACCAGCUAUUGCCAUUUUACACAUUAAUGAAUGGGAUUCCAAUGCAUGUUUUACUGAGUAGUCUUGGUUCAAGGCUGGAUUUCUUCAUAGCCCACAGAAGUGAAACUUGUCAGAUCAUGAAAUUACAAGUUUUAUCUGUAAUCAUAACCAAAACAGAACCAGCAGUUCUAUUUAUUUAAAAUAAUGAUUAAUGGUUUCAGAGCUUUUGCAUGUAUGGACUUUAAGUACUGAAUUGAAUUGAUUAACUUUAGUAUGCUUGAGGUGGAAAAUAGGGCUGUUGUAGGUUUGUAUACCAAAGGUUGUAAGUUCAAAGCCAAAAAGAUUCAUGGCCCAUGAGAAAGAACCUAAGUUUGCUCUGGGAGAUCAUCCCUUUAUUAAAAAUGUGCAGUAAGUGGCUCUGGAUAAGAUGAGGAUGCGUGUUCUAAAUGAUGAAUAAUGUAAUGUGAUGAAGAUUAAUAGUGUUUGUCUUGUGACAGUGGGCUCCAGUGAAAACAUUUUGUCGGUGACCACGUCAUCACCAGCUUUCCUGCCCUGUGUGGCAAAGCCUGGCUACAACACUGCACAAACAGACCUGAGGCGUGUUGAUCAGUUGAAGUAUGAUGUGCAGCAUCUACAAACAGCCCUGAGGAACUUCCAGCACAGACUCGACACUCGUGAGGCACAAGAGAGAGAGAGAGAGGAGCUUUUGAGCCGAAGUUUCACAACAAAUGAUGCCGACACCUCCAUCCCCAUUGAUGAGACCCUGCAGUUUAAUACCAAUCUACACAAUGCACACAGAGGAAUGGAUGAUCUUCUAGGCUCAGGCUCCAGUAUCCUUAACGGCCUGAGAGAUCAAAGAAGCACGCUCAAGGGUAUCCAUAAGAAGAUGUUGGAUGUUGCAAAUAUGUUGGGCUUGUCUAACACCGUUAUGCGUUUGAUUAAUAAACGAGCAUCGCAGGACAAGUUCAUCAUGAUUGCUGGAAUGCUGGCUUCUUGUUUUGUCAUGUUCCUAGUGGUUAGAUACCUCAGCUGAACUUUCCAACCUUUAGCCGAACUACUGCCUUGGUGGAGCUCAUCAGUGGCACAUUCCAUCUCUCAUGGAUCUUAUUGUGAAAAUGAAUUGUUAAUUAUAAACAAAUCCAUUUCUAACAUACCUCAAAAUGUUUUCAAAUUCAGACACAGAGUAGAUGUAGCGAGGUCAGUCUCAUCUAUGGCACUGUAUUUCUUAAUAUUUAAUUUCUAUAUCUGCAGUAUUUUUUAAAAGAUUUUGUUUUCUUUCAUCACUUAUCUAAGCUGACUGAAAUAAGCAGCAUGAACCUGCACACUUUUCUUUUUGGUGGAGUUUCUGCUGCUAACGACUGAAGAACUCCUGACUCAUGUCUUUCUCUUUCCAUCUCUGUUUUGCUGUUGCUGAUGGUAUAUUAGUAUCAGAGCAGUUAGUAAUUAAAAUUAAGUUGCAACAUUUUCAUUCAGAAGGAUUAAAGAAUUGGUCCCUUAUUCUGCUUCUUUAUCUCUACCUUCUGGACAUCAAACCCUUAUGUUUUGAGUCCUCGAUCUUUGAUUAUUCAUUGCUGUGCUGAAAUCGAAUUUGUUUAUAAUGCCUUUAAACCUUACUAGGCUGUGUACAGUCUUGAAUAUUUCUUUGCAGUAAACACACACAAAUACACAAAACUAUACUUGUUUUGUAAUCUUAAAACAGUGUAAUUUGUAAUGUAUUCCAUUAGAAUACUCAAGGUUAGUAACCUAAAUUAUUUGGAUUACUUUUUCAGCACUGGUAGAUUUUUUACAUUUGCUUUGUCUAUAAAAAAACACACAUGUUAAAAAUACAUUCUCUGAAAAACCUAAAUAUCUUAUGCAGUUGUUUCUAAAACCAGAUCAAGCUAAUUGAUCUUAUUUUAAGGGGUUUUAUUAAAUAUUUUUACAAGAAAACAAUGCAAAUUCAAAACAGUGUUACUAUGAAUGCAAACUUUAAUACAGUGAAAAAGACACUCUAUUAUCAUAA